AUCGACGCGAUUAAUGCCUGCACACAGAGCAUGGAUGGAUGUGCAUUCGAGUGUUCUGCAAGCUGGCACGGCCACGUUUCCCACGACACCUACCAUUAGCGUGUGCGGGAACGGCAUCGCCGCUGAUCAACUUUAAUGCAAAUCGAGGCUCCCGCCCCUUCAAAAGGCGACUUGGAAGCGCUUGUGCCAACCGACCCCGGCCAGCCAAAGAAUCCGAACGACCGCCUGGCCCAUUGGCCACCACGUGAACAUGUCACGCCUCGGCUCAUCUUCGCUCUCCUCUACGCAGUCUUCCUCACUGAACCCACAGCUGCCAAAGAGAGGGAACCGCACUGCGCUCUUUCGUUCUCUCAUCGCCGAACAUCAGCAGCAGCACCAACGACUAAACAGUCAGCAGCCAGAACAGCGCAAGGUGGACGUGUACAAUAUCGAUGGUGCACGGACACAAAAGGAGAAGGAUGCGCUUCUUCAAAGGAAGAAUGCGGACCGCGAGUGGAUUGCAGAGGCUAGACGAAUACACCGCGCAAUCCUAGCUCUCGUCUCCUUUCUUGGCGCCAUCCGGCGCGUCUAUAUGGUAAACAGUGGGGUGGGCGGCGUGAGGCCGACCUCCUCUUCCGAGACGUCAGCCGAUCUUGCAUCAAGCGACACAGCAUCUUCAGAUCCUUUCGCGCGAUGGAAGCACGUUCGGAGCAUGGAUGAGCGCCAGCGCGAUGAGCUGGACCUUCAGGUGCGCGUCAUGCUCAAGCGGCUGAUGGAAAGGAUCAAGGAGCUGGAGAAAGCUGAAGAGAUCCGAAAACGCACCUCUCCGACGUCACACGCCGCUUCGAACCCACUCACAAUCCUCCUCUCCCUCUCUUCGUCCCCUACCUCGAUACAUUCUGCAGCGUACUCCUCGCAAUUGUCGCUGCAUCGUUCCGGCAUCUGCCACUACCUGAGCUCGCUCUUGGCGCACGCAGGGACGCGGCAGCGGGGCAUGCAGGAACGUUACCUGAAGAACCGGCGCACGCGCGAGGGCUGGGAUCGAGGGUUAGGCGCUGCUACCGCGUCCAGCAGCACGCAGCGAGCAGAUGGAGGAAAAGAGGACGUGACCGGAAAGAGCAGCGCUAUUGGCCCAUUGCAGGGUUCUACCAAGGGCAUCAAGCUUGACCCGUCCCUCGUACCCGCAUUCACGUCCUCGUGCGAUCCUUCAACCUCCUCAUCUGACGUGCUCUCCACGUUGACACCCACGCAAAUCCAACAGUUCGAGUCAGAGAACAGCGCGCUGCUCUCGUCUUUCGAGAGCGACCUGGCGUCAGUGCAACAGGCCGAGUCGAAGCUGUACGCCAUCGCGGAACUGCAGACGCAGCUGAUACAGCACCUGGGCCAGCAAAGCGAGAUGACGGGCAAGUUGCUGGAGGAGAGCAUUGGACAUAGCGCAGAGGUGGGCCAAGGGAACACACAACUAAGGAAGGCAAAGGAGCGGAAUCGGCAGGCCAAUCGGAUGUUGUGCCUCUUUCUGAUAGGGAGUGGGCUGGGAUUGUUGUUCUUACAUUGGAUUGAUUGAGGCUGGUCUUUCUGCAUAAUUGUAACGACCAAUGCAUCUCCCAAAUUCAACAUAGCACUAUACACGCUUGGUACCAGUACACAAUUAUUAGAAAGGGACAUUGCAUGCGUCAAGAUUGCACCUAGCAUAUUUUCAAAGCAUGCGGGGCCAGCAGCCCGAUCAGCCAAGUGUUAGGAAGGCCGCGCC